AUGGUCUUGCGUAAGAUAAUGGAGAAGCAAGAAGGCCCAACUAGGAGUAACUCCCUUGGCGGUCCCUUAAAGUGGCACCGAGUCAUUUUAGUAUAUAUCGUGAUUUCAGGCCAGAACGACAUCAAGAAACUGCGGAGAGAAAACGAGCAAUUACGUAGGGAAAUAUGGAGCCUCAGGGAUGAGUACGACAAGCUGGAAGACAUUCUGAAGAAACAGCAGAAUCGCAGCGAAAGCGAAGAAUACGAGGAUCGCUCCGAGGAGGAUGACGGCCCGCAGUCAGACUUCUCCUGCGAGGAGGAGUACGAGGAAGAAUACGAGAAUAAUGAGAGGACCGCCGAGGACUUCAAGGAGGAGCAGCUAGAGAACGCAGAGAAUCAGAAGAUCUCCUCCGAGAAGAUGAGCAGCAGUCUGCAUCGACUUCACGUGGAGUUCGACGAUCUGUCGGUCGUUGAUGAGGAGGAGGAGUUGAAGAAGGAUAAGGAGAAGAAGGAGACGACCCCGUCGGAGGACGGCCAGAAGAACGAGGCUGUCCGACAUCCACCCCCGCCGAUCCUCGGCCCACGGCAGCUGCACGAUAACAUCCCGUUUUAUCCGGCCACGUACGAACCGACGAGUGGUUUCAGCGGAACCAGUUAUUACACCGAGUGCCCGUUUGAGUUCCCGAGUACGGUCGAUUUAAUGUUACCCGCGGAUACGUCCGCGUUAUUGGCUUCGCCCUGCCCGGGAUUACAGCCCGAUCCAUUGAUCCCGCUGACCGGCUUGGAUGCCGAUCUGGAUCGAGUGGCCGAUCCGAUGCUACCUCAGAUUCACGUCCCGCCUGUUGGUUGGCAGAACGACGUAGUUUCUCAGAAACAAUUGCCAGCGGUCUACACAGCUACGAGCAUCGCUCCCGUUGUUGCGUCAACGGGAAUGCAAAUGAUGACGGGGAGUCCGAUGCUCUCCGAUGCUUUCAGCUUUUCGGGUAGGAUAAACGCAAGCACGAGACAACCCACGAAAUUCCAGGAUGCGUUCGCUAUGCAAGGUUCGCGAACGCAGCUGUCGAGUUCCGAGGAAGCGCUCGGUAGGAACGUCUGGAGGUUACCUGUAGACUCCACUGACAGAAAAAGGACGAGGAUGGUUAAUGGCAUAAGGGAUGCGCAUCCACGAAUCGAGGAUCGCAAUGUCGAAGAGACCACCGCGGCGUUUACCGCACCCGAAAGACGGAAACAUUUCUUCGCGCCGCUUCCUUGCAAGCUGAAGAAACAGGAGGAGGAAUCGCCAACCGCCAGCAUGAGUUACUUCGGAACCGGGACGAGUUCGAGUAGCAGCAAGACCGCUUCCACGGUGAUUUCCAGAACCAAUCCCUUCUUAGGGCAAAAAGGUUCGGCGGAUAUUUACGUGAACGGCGCGAUACCCUCCGAAGACGAUGACGCUCCGAAGAACAAUAGUGAAUCACGGACAUUCCUGAGCACCGAUAAUCUGCUGCUCACGGGCAGCAGAAGUGCGCCAAGUGGUCAAUUGAUGAAAUCAGUAUCUUGUCAGGAUCUCUCAAGUGAAUCUCAGGGGAUGGCUCAACAACUGAAGCAUCUCAAUCACGUCGAAUCUCAGUUGCUUACGAAAAGUGACAAUACUCUGGACAAUAUAACGAACGAUUCCUCCGGCAGGCCGUAUAAGAGUCACUUAAACGUGACACUGAAGAUACCGCGACCUGAGCAAGCGCCGAGUCCGGAAGCGCCGGAAGUUCCGAACUUACCGUCGAUAGACUACCGCCUCUUCAGGAAUCCGUUCUUAAGGAAUUUCGAUAAAAUCUGUCCCAACUAUCAGAUAGAAACAAAACCUCCUACCGCCACGACGCCGCUCUCAAUUCGAGUGAACGAUGACGGUCUCGGUUACCAAUAUCGUAUGCCGACUUAUGGCCGAGGCGUUCACUUCGGCGAGAGAUUUCGAACGGCACAAAACCGAUUGCUGAUACCCAGCGAUCAACUGCUGAACGGCAAGCAGGAUGUUCAAGUGACCUCUUUCGAGAGACCAAGUCCUUGCACCCUGAUACCUUCCGCCACGUCUUACGAUUUGACGACUCUGAGAAGAUUAAACGCAAGUCGAUAUCUGCAGAGUCAAAAUUUAUAUCAAAACGUUCCCUUUAUGUCGCGAGGACCGGGUCAAUUCUAUCCACAAAGGGAUGGAAUGAUGUACUACGAUGGCGUCGCGACGAAGGUGCAAGCGCAAACGCAAACGUCGAUCGACGGCGACUCGCAUCACGAGGACGAGGAAGCGAUCGGCACGCCGAACUCGCCGAAUGGACAACGGCGGAAAAAAGGUGUAAAGAGAGACAAGGCCCCGGUCAAGGAUCAAAGGCCGUUAUCACCGGCGGCGCAAAGAAGACUGAGAAAACAGAGCAGCGUCACGUCGACGGAUACACCUGAUUCGCCAAGGAAAACAAAGAAGAACCCGAGGAGAUUGAGCACGACUAUUUCUGACGGGCAAGAGGACAAGAACGAAAGCAGAUCGUCAUCUUCGGGACAGGAUUCACCGCGCAAGGAUCAGAAUCGAAGGGUAUCCGUCUGCAUAAAUCCCAAGAGACGUUCAUCUCAGACGUCUCUCAAGACUUCGAGAAGUGGCAGCGUGGACGUAUCUAAGGACAAGUACACGGACGGUGCCGCGCUGAACUCGGAACGUGAGAGAACAAACUCGAUCAGCAGUCGGGAAACCACCAGCGCGAAAGGUCGCAAGACCAGUACCAGUAGUGGUAAUGUGCCCUGGUGCGCGUGUUGGGGGAACGGUUGCAUUUAAUUACGAUUGCAUAUUCCGUCAGAGGCAUAACUGGCAAAACAGGCAGAUAGAUGCAAGUGUUGGUUGAUGUUACUGUCAAAGUGGAGAUAUUAACAGCAAUUAGAAAAA